UAUGGUUGAAAAAUCAACAUUUUCAGUUUCAGCCAUCAUGGUUGAAAUUGGGAGAUAAAAUAAGCUAUAACGUGUGCCAUUGACUCUGAUGUAGUUAUGGUUCCGCUGCAUGGUGAAUGUCUAAAUUCCACGUGUCUUCUAUGAAAACGCCAAUUAAUAAUAAUUGUUUGCAAUUAUUGACAUGCUUUUAUAAUAUUAAUCUCUUUUGGCCUUAUAAGGCUAUAUAUAUACUGGAGUUAUAAGAAUUCACCGACUUUAAGAAAACAUUUUGGCAGUACAUAACCUUGAAAUCAACAUGACAAUUAAUACUUGUGUGGCACAAAUGGUUUACCUUUCAAAUCUUUAAAUGUCACUCAUCAAAUGAUUUGUAUUAAUGGGUUCCAGUGUUUCACUACAGUGUUAUAAUGUUAACCUAUCCUUCAAAAUUCAACUAUACUUUAACUUAUGUAACCAUAUUGUCUGAGGCAUUGCUAAAGUAUUUAAUCAGUUGGGGCCAUUCUUAUCUAUGUAAUUAAUCUUGCAAGAUUAUAUUGUCCAUUGGUUUGUGGUUUACAAAACACAUAUAUUGAUUGAACUCCAUUUUGUACAUAUACAUGCUGCAGCAAAAGACUCUUCCAAGGUUUCUAAUAUUAUUUCAUUUUUUGGCCAAUAUCUGAUGUCUCUAGUGAUCUUACCAUCGAAAUAGGAGCUACAAGUUUUGCACUUCACAAGUUUCCUCUAGUUUCUAGGAGUGGAAGAAUAAGGAAACUAUUGUUAGAAGCAAAAGAUUCUAAAGUUUCACGCAUAAGUCUCCCAAGUGUAGCAGGUGGUGCAGAGGCAUUUGAGCUAGCUGCAAAAUUUUGUUAUGGAAUUAAUAUUGAAUUCACUCUCUCCAAUGUUGCUAUGCUAAGAUGUGUUGCUCAAUUUCUAGAAAUGACAGAAGAUUUUGCUGAGAAAAACUUGUUGAUAAGAGCUGAAUCAUAUCUAAAAGAGACAGUGCUUCUAAACACUUCAAGCGCAAUAUCGGUUCUUCACCGUUGCGAAACUCUACUACCUUUUGCAGAAGAGAUUAAUCUUGUUAGCAGACUAAUCAAUUCAAUUGCAAACAAUGUGUGCAAAGAGCAACUUACUUCUGGUUUGCAGAAACUAGACCAUAAUUUCCCUUCUAAAACCAUGGAACCUGAAACACCCUCAGAAUGGUGGGGAAAAUCUCUUAGUGUUCUUAAUCUUGAUUUCUUCAAAAGAGUUUUAUCUGCUACCAAAUCAAAGGGACUAAAACAAGACAUUAUCAGCAAAAUUUUGAUAAAUUAUGCACAUAAUUCUCUUCAAGGGAUGAUUGUUAGGGACCCUCAAGUAAUGAAAGGAAGUUUACUUGACUUAGAAUUGUUGAAGAAACAAAGAGUCAUUGUUGAAACCAUAACUAGUUUACUACCAACUCAAUCAAGGAAAAGUCAAGUUCCAAUAGCAUUUCUCUCAAGUUUGUUGAAAGCUUCAAUAGCAGCAUCAGCAUCUACUUCUUGUAGAUCUGAUUUGGAGAGGAGGAUUGGUCUACAACUUGACCAGGCAAUUCUUGAAGACAUUUUGAUACCAACAAGUUCAUAUCAAAAUAACCAUAAUAGUACUAUUUAUGAUACAGAUUCAAUUGUGAGAAUUUUUUCCAUUUUUCUUAACUUAGAUGAAGUGGAUGAGGAGGAUAGCAGGUUGAGAGAUGAAAGUGAAAUGGUUUAUGAGUUUGACAGCCCUGGAUCUCCAAAACAAAGCUCAAUUCUUAAGGUAUCCAAAUUGCUUGACAACUAUCUUGCUGAAGUAGCACUAGACCCAAACUUGUUGCCAUCAAAGUUCAUUUCACUUGCUGAAUUGCUUCCAGAUCAUGCACGUAUUGUAAGUGAUGGACUCUACAGAGCAAAUGAUAUCUUCCUUAAGGUUCAUCCAAACAUAAAGGACUCAGAGAGGUACCGGCUAUGCAAAACCAUUGAUUGCCAAAAACUGUCACAAGAAGCAUGCAGCCAUGCAGCACAAAAUGAGAGGCUACCAGUUCAAAUGGCAGUACAAGUACUUUACUUUGAGCAAAUAAGGCUUAGAAAUGCUAUGAAUGGAGGACACAAUCAUUUAUUGUUUGGGGGUGGUGGUGGACUUAAUGGUCAAUUCCCUCAACGUUCAGGUAGUGGUGCAGGAAGUGGAGCAAUUUCACCUAGAGAUAACUAUGCAUCAGUUAGAAGGGAGAACCGAGAGCUUAAACUUGAAGUUACAAGAAUGAGAAUGAGACUCACUGAUUUGGAAAAAGAUCAUGUUUCUAUGAAACAAGAGCUUGUAAAGUCUCAUCCUGCUAACAAGAUCUUUAAAUCAUUCACCAAAAAACUAAGCAAGCUCAAUGCAUUGUUUAAGAUGAAUGGUAUUAAGCUAAAUGGUGUUAGUUCCGAGAGUCGGUUCCCUUUUCCAAAGAGAAGGCGUCACUCAGUUUCUUGACUACAAAAAAAUGUGUAACAUAGUAGCACCGAUAAGGUGCAUUGAUCCAACACAAUACAUGAGGUUGCAUUCAAUUAUUUUAUUUUCUCAAUGUAUAGUAUAUAUGAUAUGAUGCACAGUGUGAUUGUGUUUAUUUUUGAGUACUGCUGAUGGGUUGUUUUGUUUGGUAAUGGUACCAUUACAACUUUUUUGGUUGCU